AUGCGCUUUUUUCCGAUAUUUUUCCUUUUUCUGGAAAAUGCUUUGGCAAAAGAAGAGAGCACUUCUUCUACUACAACUAUCGAACAAACAACUCCAACUUCGGCUUCAUAUUCUUCUACUGUGGAAUCAACAACUGAAAACCCGGAGCUUACUCCUCAAAACACCGAGAGACAAGGAACAACAAAAGCCGCACGAGAUCCCGUCGAAAGUCAGCUCGAUUCACACACAUCUACAACAGCCCCGACUGCCUCACAAUUCGAAGACGAUCAUGAACCAACAGAGCCAACUUCGCCCGCAAAAAAUAUGAGCCCUCGUCAAUUAGAUCGAACAUUAUCGGAAACUACCCAAGAGAAUGUUAACGUAAUCGAGAGCAGUUCCGAGCCAAACGAGACGCCAGCGACGAUGGAUCCGCAAAACACAACAGAAUCCUUGGCGAACUCAACUGAGACUUCUACGACUUUGGAAAGAAACGCGACAGUAACUGCAACAACAUCAGCUUCUUCGAAAUCAACAACAUCGACUUAUCAAGCAACAACGACAAUGCUCUCAUCUACUACAACACAAGAUACAACCCGAGUUCUGACAAUAACCAAUUCAACUCGAGCUCAAAAUGAUACUUCGAAUCGAUCUAGCACUUCUUCUCCAACAUCAACAAAGCUUGAGACAAGUACAAAAACGCCGGUCCCAACAUUUUCAGCGACAACAACUCCGAAUACAACUACCACAACAACUUCAACAACAACGACAACAACAACAACGCCAGACAACUCGUCUAUGGUUCUGGACGGUGCUGACCGUAUCGAUGAUUCAUCCCAACCGCCCAUCAUUGGUGGCCUACCCGUCCUUAGCCCUCCUGAUGGUGACAAUGAAGACCAAAACGACCCUGACAAUUCCGACGCUUUCAUUUUCAUCUCAACCGAUUUGCUUCUCAUCCUCUUUUCUUUGAUUUUUUGA